UAUAACUUGUUAUCCUGGAAAAUUUUACACUAAUGGAAAAUGUGUAGCUCUAUUUCCUGAAACCAAAAACUUGGGAUAUAUUUUAAUUGCCAGUUUCAAGGGUAAUGUGUCUUCAAUAUUUCCUGUCAAAAAGCUGUUGCAGACAAUACACCAUACAGUGAAAAAUAAUGUAAUCCGCGACCUGAUGAUCCAACACACCGAUCCACUAGAAGAAGUCAUUAUUCAAAUUGAUCAGCCUUGUCUCACAAAGGAACAGUCUUUAUCAUUUCUUAACUUUACUGGAAGUAUUGCUCUGAAGAUGUUCAUCAGUGAGAGAGUACCAAGGAUUGAAACUGAAGAACGACUAAUUACAAUUAUAUCUAGAUCAUCGAUGGCAAAACUUAGAAAUUCCCUCAUUCAUUUAUCUUUUACCUCAAAAAAUCACAGACACAAUCACUUUCAUCUUUUGCAAAAAAGUGUGACCGAAAAUAGUUCUCGGUGUUCUUUACAUAGAACCAAAACAAAUCCAUUAAAUCCAUUUAGAAAUCAAUAUUUAAAUGUAAGGGUUUCAAAGUUACUUACUUGCUCUCAAGUUGAAUUUGCUGUAGAUGAAUAUUCUAUUGAUGAACAUUUUGCAUCUUAUACUCCAAAUGCCGUUUCCAUUGUUUUUCUGAUAUUAGCAUUCUUUGUACAUAUUUUUAUCAAAGAGCUGCAAACAUUGCCAGGUAAAAAUAACAUGAUUUUAGUCCUAUCGCUAGCAUUAUCCCUUGUAAUAUUUCAGUUAAGUGACAUUGGAAUGCUGAAUACAAUGUUCUGUACAGGAAUUGGAGUCGUUCUGCAUUAUUUUUGGUUGAUGGCUUUUUCAUCGAUGGCCACGUGUUGUUAUCACAUGUUCAAAAUGUUCUAUUCCUCUGGGUUAAUUUUAGAAGAUAAAAACAGAACAUUUAAAAUGUAUAUAACAUUAAUCAUAAUGUGUCCUGCUUUUAUCGUAACUCUAAACGUUCUUAUUUUGUUCUCUAUUUAUAAUAAUGGAUACAUUGGUUAUGGAGUACAAAAAUGUUUUAUCGACAAUUUGAUUUCCCGUAUACUAUCGUUCAUUCUGCCAGUAAGUAUUAUGUGUGUUACAAAUACUUUAUUUUUCAUUGGUACCAUUAUUUCUAUUAAGAAAGUUCCAGAUGUACCCGGUAACAAAUCAAUGAGAAAUGAAUUUCUGAUUUUUUCUCGUCUAUUCACCAUCACUGGAAUAACCUGGAGCCUACAAGUCAUUGAUGGUUUCAUUCAUUUUACAAUCUUUACAUAUGUUUCAUCAGUCAUUAACAGCUUACAAGGUAUUGCCAUUUUUGCUGCUUUUAUCUGUAAUAAAAGGGUAUAUACUCUAUUAAGAGAGAUUUACAGACAGAAAACAAGAUCUUUGGGUAGAAUACAGGAGAACACAGAAUCGAAUUCAGAAAAAUGUUCCGAGAUUACCAAGUUGUAAAUUCAAUGAAGGUAAAGAUUAUGAAGAGUGAUCGAUUUUAAAAAUCUGUAUACAAUGCAAUGCAAAUAUCUAAUGAGGGUAUAAAACAUCGACCCCUGGAAAUUUCAGAAAUGGGAUCAGGUGUCUUGGAGGGGUAAGCAUCCCAUUUUGAUUGAUCGAUCACACACGGCGUAAGCGUCAUGUACUAAUGAAGUAGACGGGACUUUCUGUUUCCAAAUUCAGAAUAAAACAAAGGUCUUACCAAGUCAGAGGAAAUACGACCCAGUGAUUGGCUAUAUUUCAAGCUGGAAAAUAUCUACCUUUUUCAUUUCUGAACCUUUUAUGUAUUGUAUAGAUUUUUCUGUUGAUAACA